UAUAUUGAUUUCAAGGAAAGCAAGAAUUGGGAGAUUCAUUCAUUUUUUCUCCCCCAAAAGGCCUUUCUUUUAAUCGAAUCGAUCACCAGUCAAGAGUUAACACAUCUCAAACCAGAGCGUGCUUCACUUUGCCUCGCUACUGUUGGUUUGGCUGACCUGUAGUAAAGAAUCUUAUUAAUGUCUUCAAGAACGUUGAGGAGAAGACUCCAUCAUGGGGAUGUUGAUGGCAAAAGGCAAGAGCAUUUCGAGACUUCGGGAUUAGAUUCACUGAACGAGCCUUUGUUGACAGAUGAUGAUUAUGUUGAGAACAAAAAGAUAUGCACGCUUGAAGAUCUAUGGGAUGAUGAGAGGAAAAAGGCGCAAUUUCAUUGGACAUUCAUAUUCUCAAGCCUCAUAGCGCAAUGGGCACAAUGGUUAGCAACUAUUGUACUUGGAUCUGGAUCUCUUCUUGGACGUCUUUUAUCUUUUCCUUCUGUUGCUCUGAAUAUGCAAAACAACAGGAUCCUUCCUUCACCUCUAAGCCCUCUGCAGGAAGAAAGGCUAAGAAGCCUUCGGCGACGGAUUGAAGUACCCUUUGAUGGUUCUAAAGUAGAGCACCAAGAUGCACUUAAACAAUUGUGGAAAUUGGCUUACCCUGACAGGGAGCUUCCUUCUCUUAAAUCAGAUCUUUGGAAGGAAAUGGGAUGGCAAGGAUCAGACCCUUCGACUGAUUUUAGGGGUGGAGGAUUUGUUUCAUUAGAGAAUCUAAUUUUCUUUGCGGGGAAGUAUCCAGAUUCAUUCCAAAGAUUAUUACAUAAACAAGAUGGAACUAGAGCUGAGUGGGAAUAUCCAUUUGCUGUAGCCGGAAUCAAUAUUUCUUUUAUGUUGGCACAAAUGUUGGAUCUACAAACAGGGCUUCCAUCUUCUUCGUCAGGAGUUUGUUUUCUUAAGUUGCUUGAGGAGGAUGAAAUGGCAUUUGAUAUCCUUUUUUGUAUUGCCUUUCAAAUGAUGGAUGCUCAAUGGCUAUCAAAGCGUGCAACAUAUAUGGAAUUCAAUGAUGUUUUGAAGUCCACAAGAGCGCAGUUAGAGAAUGAGCUUGCGCUUGACGAUAUCUCUAGCGUGAGAGAUUUACCAACUUACAACAUCUUGAGAUGAUGGACGAUUGUCAUUUAAUUUAACAUUUCUCUCAUUUUUCCCCCCUUCCUCUAUUUUGAUAGAGAAUGUUACAUGAAAUGUAUCUAAAUAAUUUGUCACUUUAUUUCCAUAUAGAAAUGUGAAAAAUCAAGGGAUAGUGGGUUCACAAAUAUCA